AUGCAUGGAAUGGUGUACAAAGCGCAGUAUUGCGAAGUAAUCAUAUAUCGUUAUACCGUCAUUCGUCUAGGAUACUACGCCUUUUACUUAUGGGACCCGGAUCUCUCUGCGGAAGAACGUCUACGAUACUGGCUGCGAAGUGAUAACCUAAGGGAACACAUUGAGCGGCAGCACUUAGCUAAAAUACGGCUUAGCCCGAUAAAGCCGAUAUGCGGAUGCUCCUAA